CAGGGGGCGGGGACUGUUAGGUCCGACAGGAAAACUAAAGAAAGGCGAGGAUCUCUAAUAAAACGGUAAAAUAACGUUUACGGGACUAGCUACUCAGAAUAAGACAAGGAUGGCUGCAAUCAGAAAGAAACUAGUGAUAGUCGGCGAUGGAGCCUGUGGCAAGACCUGUCUCCUCAUAGUGUUCAGCAAAGAUCAGUUCCCUGAGGUUUACGUGCCCACCGUGUUUGAAAACUACGUGGCAGAUAUUGAGGUGGAUGGUAAACAGGUGGAGCUGGCUCUGUGGGACACAGCGGGGCAGGAGGAUUACGACCGACUGAGGCCUCUCUCCUACCCAGACACAGACGUCAUCCUCAUGUGUUUCUCCGUUGACAGCCCUGACAGUUUGGAGAAUAUUCCGGAGAAGUGGACUCCUGAGGUCAAGCAUUUCUGUCCCAACGUGCCCAUCAUUCUUGUGGGGAACAAGAAAGAUCUGCGGAAUGAUGAGCACACGCGUCGAGAGUUGGCGAAGAUGAAACAGGAACCGGUGAAGUUAGACGAGGCGAGGGACAUGGCUAACCGGAUCAACGCCUUCGGUUACUUGGAGUGCUCGGCCAAGACGAAGGACGGUGUGCGGGAGGUGUUUGAGAUGGCCACCAGGGCGGCGCUGCAGGCCAAGAGGCGAGGCAAGAAGGGCGGCUGCCUCCUGCUAUAGAGUGUCAGCUCACACAGGAUUGGGAGGGGCGUGGGUGGGUGG